UUCUAACUACAGUAGCAGCAUCACUAAUAAUGCUGUGUGUGUGGUUUAAUGGGAGGCUGAACCAUUUGCUCUUUAUACAGGAACAUAUUCAGCAACAUUAUGCUUGUCAGGCAUGCUGUACAUGCAGCUCUACUGAUGCCAUUGCCAGACACUGCAUAUAAUCUGCUGCAGCAAGUCAGUAGGCACACAGGACUGUGCCAGCGAUCGCCCCUACCUAGCAGCAGAGUGUUUUCCUGAGGAUGUUCCUCUAUUACCCUGUGCUUCCCUACAUAGUGAUUCCAGGGGUGGGACUUCUGCAGUCAGUAGGAGGGCUUGAAUGAAUGCAGUUUGUAGCAUCAUCACAAUAUCCCAAAUUACCAAGCAUCGUUGUGGAUGUGACCGUUGAAUGAACACAGUCUCCAGGAUGCACAUAUGAGAGCAACAGAGGCUGGCACUGCCCAGGACAUCUAUAGUGUCUCCCUGGCUGCUGAAACAUGGGCGAUUACAGGAGUCAGGUGUGCCAUGCAGGGAGACAUCACAUGUGAGAGCUAAGAGCAUAUCUGCACUUUAAUUAUUCCUGCAGCAAGGUAAAACUGGAAUUAAAGCCAUGAAGAGCAAAAUGAUGGGCUAUCACUUUAGUGUCAUCAGAAGUCCGCCAGGAUGGGAAAUAGGAAUAUACAUUGCUGGGGCGCUGACUCUACUUGGAGUAGUGGGUCUAUACCUAUGGAAACUGUACAGAUCAGGAAAUUAUCCAUCUCCUUCCCCGUUCCCCAACUAUGACUACCGAUAUCUCAAGCACAAAUAUGGGACAUCGUACUCUGACCUAAAAAAGAAGAGAGCAGUUCAUAACAAUUCUGCCAACAAUGUGACAUCUCUCAAUGACACCUACGAAAACAUGAGUGAGUUUGGCCAUAUGGAAUUGAUCCACAGAGAUGUGGAAAUGAUGCCAUAUGGGAUGUUAAAGAAAUCCAUCUCUACUGAUUCCCUCAGCUCCAUCUCUUCCAUUGGGAAUAACUUCGGCCAAGACUUUACCGUAGGGCAGAUUGAAGUAACUAUGGACUAUGAUGUGAAUUCCAACACGUUGCACGUCAGCCUUAUACAGGGAAAAGAUCUCAUGGAGAAGAAAGAAGAUGGCACCUUUGAGUCCUGCUUUGUGCACAUUAGUCUGCUCCCAGAUGAACAGAUUGUCGGCAUUUCAAGGAUACAGAGAAAUGCUUAUUCAGUCCUAUUUGAUGAAAGGUUUUCUAUUCCUCUGGAUCCGCUGGCACUGGAAGAAAAUAGCUUGAGGUUCUCUAUUUUUGGAAUAGAUGGGGAUGAAAGGAAUGUCAGCACAGGAGUAGCAGAACUGAAGUUAUCAGACCUGGACCUGACAAUUCGUCCUUUCAAUACAUGGAUAUACCUGCAAGAUGUUAACAAGACCACAGACACUGUAGGAGAAAUUCUGCUGUCUCUCAGUUACCUUCCUACUGCCGAGCGCCUCACUGUGGUCGUAGUGAAGGGGAAGAACUUAGUGUGGACGGAAAAUAAGGCCACGGCAGACCCAUUUGUGAAGGUCUACCUGUUACAGGAUGGGAGGAAGAUCAGUAAGAAAAAGACAGCAGUGAAACGCGAUGAUAGAAAUCCAGUGUUUAAUGAGGCAAUGAUAUUCUCUGUACCAGCCAUAGUCCUGCAGGACCUGUCUCUGAGGAUUACAGUGGCAGAAUGCGGUGAUGAUGGGAGAGCUGAGAACAUCGGACAUGUGAUCAUCGGGCCAGCAGUCAGCGGGCCAGGUGUGACUCACUGGAAUCAAAUGUUAGCUACCCUAAGAAAACCUGUGUCCAUGUGGCACCAAUUACGUCAAAACUAAGAGACUCUGCACCCCGUUAUAUGUCACCAAGUGCAAAUAACCUUAAGACUGGGGAGCAAUAACACCAAUCUUGUAAAACAUUAAUGAACAAAUAUAUUUUGUGUACAUAUUUUGCAUGGGACCUUGAAGCUCUAACUAUCAUAGUUCAAGCAGUAAGUUAUGGUAAAACUGCUGUUUUCAUUAUUUGUUUUGUGACUUUUUUUGUUUCCUAAGAUGAUUUAAAAAAUCAAGCUGUAUAUUGCAGAGAGAAAUGAUAACGCAUUGAGAUUUAUCACCAAAUGGUGCUUUGCUUUACACAAUAUAAUAACAGUUAUAAAAUAUUUCUAUUUUAACGACAGAGAGGUAUAAUCUUAAUAGUAACUUAGGGGUGUAACUAGGAUUACAGCCACCCCUGGCCAAAGCCAUAAUCACGUGUAGUAACUAAAUAAAAUAAACUACUGUACUUACUGCUAUAAGAUGUGAACUAUAAGGACAAGUAAAUCCAAAAAGUGACAUUUACAUUGUACAUCUCUGUGAAGCAUACAGCUGCCUAUUCACUGUCAGAAUUUUUUUUUUGGGCCAAUGGCCCUCAUUCCGAGUUGUUCGCUCGUUGCCGAUUUUCGCUAUGCUGCGAUUUGUUGCUAAUUGCGCAUGCGCAAGGCACGCAGGGCGCAUGUGCUUAGUUAUUUAACUAAAAACUUAGCAGUUUUGCUGUGGAUCCUGCGGCGCUUUUCAGUCGCACUGCUGAUCGGUGAGUGAUUGACAGGAAAGGGGCGUUUCUGGGAGGUAACUGAGCGUUUUCCGGGAGUGUGCUAAAAAAUGCAGGCGUGUCAGGGAAAAACGCGGGAGUGUCUGGAAAAACGGGGGAGUGGCUGGCCAAACGCAGGGCGUGUUUGUGACAUCAAACCGGGAACUAAACGGACUGAGCUGAUCGCAAUCUGUGAGAAGGUCUGGAGCUAAUCAGAAACUGCAGGGAAUUAUUUAGUAGCAAUUCUGCUAAUCUUUCGUUCGCUAUUCUGCUAAGCUAAGAUACACUCCCAGAGGGCGGCGGCCUAGCAUGUGCAAUGCUGCUAAAAGCAGCUAGCGAGCGAACAACUCGGAAUGAGGGCCAAUGACCAGUAUUUACCAAGUGUGGUCUAUCAGCAACCACACUGGGUAAAUACUGGUCAUUGGCCCAAUUUUUGUCUGUCCUAAUUAAAAUCUAAUCUUACCAGCUAUUCUUUGGGAUUAAUGAACACAUAAUACCCCUUUCACGUUGACAAAAAUAACCCGGGUUAUAGCACGUGAAUGCGCAGUAACCCAGGUUUUUGUGCAGUGUGAAAGGGGCCAGGAGAAAUAUCCCGGGUCGUGCAACACGGCAUUUCAACACGCAUUUAAUGCAGGGUUAAACACGGGUCAGAUCCGGGAUCCUGUGCGGUGUAAACAGAUUGCCAGCUCGAUGCGACUCGCUACCCGUUCACUUUAUAGGAGCAGGCGGUGCUUGGAGAUCACGUAUGUGAUGCAGUGAUGUCAUCGACACGGCAAUAUGUCGUGUCAGGGCCGCCAGUCUGAAAAGGGUCUCAAGCGAGUCUCACGCAGGAAGGACCCGUGUAGAAGUUCUAGGUAGAACCCGCUAACCGCGAUGUGAAAGUGGUAUAAGUUUAUGGCCAUGUCUUACAUGAAUAUAAUUAGCUGUUCAGUCCGUGCUUGCUUGGAUAACUAUGGGGGUCAAUUCGAGUUGAUCGUAGAUUUUGCAGGGCUACAAUUAUGACAAUAGACAUGCGGGGAGACGCCCAGCACAGGGCUAUCCCGCCCCACAUGUCAGUGCCGGCCCCUUCCCCCACAGAAGUGCAAAAGCAUCGCACAGCGGCGAUGCUUUUGCACUUUAGGAGUAGCUCCCGGCCAGCGCAGCUUUAGCGUGCUGGCCGGGAGCUACUUGUCGCUCUCCGGCCUGCAGCGGCUGCGUGUGACGUCACACAGCCGCCGCGGCCUGCCCCCCCAACGGUCCAGCCACGAAUGCUUUGGCAAGACUGCGCCCCCUAAACGGCGGCUUAACGCCGCUGUCCAGCCCCCUCCCGCACAGCGACCGCCUCUGCCUCAGAGGCGAUCACUAGGCAACGACGGCCUUCGGUCGUCUGGCAUGCUCCGGCGCAUGCACAGUUCCGACCCGAUCGCUGCGCUGCAAUAAACUGCAGCGAGGGAUCGGGUCGGAAUGACCCCCUAAGUUCUGUGUACUGACUUCUUAUCCAAAGUGAUGCAAGACAGAGAGACUCCACCUCACUAAACAGUCUGAUUUAGCUAUGUGUGAAGAAGUCAAUGGAUAACUCUGUGUAGGUAUACUGUACACUGUACAUGCAAUAUAAGCCUUGAUAUUUUUGUAUACUGCUGCUGUGACAGGGAAGGCUAGGAUAACAGUCUAUUGUAAAGAUGGAUUCAAUGUUUACAAUAAAAAAAUUAUACCUUAACUUGCAGACAAUGAAAUACUGGAAAAGUGAAAUAUUUGGUUCUAUAAAUAAUUCACAUGGCAGUCAUCAUUGUUAGAAUAAACCGUUGCUUUUUAACCAUAGUAUCUAGUACUCAAUAACAUAAGUUUAUUAUGAAUCAACGGACCUUAGAACGUAUUAGUAUUAUCCCUUAGAAUGGGAUUUUGAUGUUGAGGGAAUUUGUUCUAUCUUAUUAGAUCUGAAACCAAUGUAUUAUUUUGGUGUGAAUAAUAUUUGUGCCGCCACCAUACAUCAGGAGAAACUUGGCACAGAGCAUUGAUGUUUUUCAUAAACUACACAUUUGCACCUUAAUCUAUUUUUCUAUGAGACUUUACACGUAUUGUUAACUUUACAUAUAAAAUAUUUAAUAUGCAUUUAAUGGUUCACAGCGUUAUUAUUGCUAUUGACAAUGUUACAGUAUGUUAAAGCAAGAACAUAAUAAAAAAUGAAAUCUG